GUGUACAACGGACGGCGCCAUUCCGGCGGGGGCCUGUGGGUGUGUGGCGGAGAUCUUGUGGGCUGUGGAAGGGGUGGUGAGAGGAUCGUGGGAACUCGGUGUCAGCGUACGCCAGUCCCGCGGCCUGCCACCAUGGCUCCCCGCUGGCGGCCCCGCCACACCAUGUACCUGGUGGCCAGCCUGUCCGCCUGGGGCGACCGCAUGUGGACGUUCGCCGUCGGCCUGUACAUGGUGUACGCCACUCCGGACUCCCUCCGACUGACCGCCAUCUACGGCCUGGUCAUCUCCACGUCAGUGAUCGCGCUGGGCGCCUCUGUCGGUCGCUGGGUGGACACCACGGCGAGGCUCAGAGCGGCGCAGCUGUCGCUGCUGGUGCAGAACUGCGCCGUCUGCUGCUGCGCCGUGCUGCUGAUGGUCAGCCUGCAGUACGCCGAGUUUACGGCCAGCACCGGGCGCGGCUGGCUGCAGAUCCUACUGCAGGUGCUGGUGAUUCUGAUCGCUGACGUGGCCGCGCUCGCCUCCGAGGCCAACAAGAUCACCAUCCAGAAGGACUGGGUGGUGGUUAUGGCGCAGGGAGACCAGGACACGCUCGCCUGGAUGAACUCGGCGUUCCGCACCAUCGACCUGGGCACGUACAUCCUGGCGCCGGUGCUGGUCGGGCAGCUGAUGACGUUCCUCUCGCCGGUGGCGGCCGCCGGCUUCAUGGCCGGCUGGAACGUGCUCUCGCUGGUAGUCGAGUACUGGCUGCUGCGCCGCGUGUACAGCGGGGUGCCGCAGCUGGCCCGGCCCAAGCGGCCCGACUCGCCCGACCAGUCGCCGGCCGCCGAAAAGGGCGCCCACAUCACAGCGGCGGCCGACGGGACAACCGAGCCGGCGGCACCGGCCGAGCCGCCGCCCAGCGACGACCAGCGGGGACCGACGGCUGACGGCGAACUGGGGCAGACGGCCGACGGCCAGCGGGGGCCGACUGCCGACACCAGCCUGCUACCGUCUGUGCUGCGGCCGCGCUCGCCGUCGGUCUCUGCGUCUGCCCCGGCGGGCGGCUGCUGCGGCUGGCUGCGAGUCCGCCUGGCCGACCUGCGCCGCGGCUGGACCGUCUACUUCCACUCUGACUUCUGCCUGGCCGGCCUGGCGCUGGCCAGCCUCUACAUGACCGUGCUCGGCUUCGAUAACAUCACGGCAGGGUACGGCUACACUCAGGGUCUGACCGAGUCCACGCUGAGCCUGCUGACGGGUGCCGGCGCCUUCACCGGUAUCCUGGGCUCGCUGUGCUACCCCAAACUGCGCCGCUCGCUGGGACCCACGCGCGCCGGCGUGGUGGGCUUCAGUCUGGCGGUGCUGGCGCAGUCGCUCAGCCUGACCUCGGUGUUCCUGCCGGGCACGGCGUUCUGGCCGCUGGCAGAGCCCGACUCCGAGGCGCGCACCUCCGUCAUCACACUCUUCUGCGGAAUCAUACUGGCCCGCUUCGGUCUGUGGAUCAGCGACCUGAGCGUCACGCAGCUGCUCCAGGAGCGGGUGCCCGAGUGGCGGCGCGGCGCCGUCUCGGGCGUCCAGAGCUCGCUCAACAUGACCAUGGACACGGCCAAGUGUCUGCUGGUGGUGGGCGUGCCGCGCGCCAGCCACUUCGGCCUGCUCAUCAUCCUCUCCUACCUGUUCUGGAUCAUCGGGUGGUGCUUCUUCACGGCGUACGCGCUGACGGCGGGCCGCCGCCCGGCGGCGGCGGCGGUGAACGGGUCGGCCGCGGUGCCCGCCGAGGUCGCGGCGGAGCCCGCCGAGGUCCCGGUGAGCCAGCCGCCGACCGAGCUGCUGCCGGCUGACGGCUCGCCGCUGCUCGGUGGCAGCCCGCAGCCCGCCGCUGAGGUGGCCGAGAACGGCGCCGACCUGAAGGUGUGAGCGUCGCCGGCUGGCCCGGGUUGGGGAGCGCCCGGCGGCGCGCGGGCGGGGCACCCGGCACUCUGUAUGCCCAGAGAAAAGGCGGCCCGGCCGUAUGGCGUGGCUGGCUCGUCCUCUGUCCACCACUCUUCAGAGUGUGCUGCUAGUCCAGCCUAUCUGGGCAAUGCGGGCUGCUUGGUAGGGUAGUCCGCGAGGGAUUAGCGAGGUUCACAUCCGAGACUUGUGAUACUCACGUAGGUGCUGCCUGACUUCACGUCACGCAGACUGCUUGUAGGACACGGGUGUAGGCGGCGCGGCGGGCCGCGCGGCUCUGCGGCUGGAUCUGUGGUCGGACGGCGCGCGCGCGCGCGCGACUGUGACGGGGGGGGGGGGGUAGGCACUGGCGCCGAGGGGCGCAGUGGCGGGUAGUCAGGUGCGGGUAGAGAGGAACGGGUCGGGGCGUCAGACCGAGCCGCCGCCGCGGGAGAACGCUGGGGGGGGGGGGGGGAGAGGGAGAGGGGUACUCAGUGCUGCCAUCGAGAAAUCACAUGAGCGCCGGAGUCAACAAUCGGAACAGGGUCACGCCGCGCCAAAAUCCGAGACGACACUGAAUACUGGAUGAGCAAUACUAAAACGAGAUUCAUAAGGGAUGGUACAAUCACGCUAAUGCCAGGGCCAACAGGGUGAUUGUAGUCUUUUUCUCCUUCAGCACGUGCGUGACAUAGGUUAAAUGCGAUCCGAAUCGCCGCUGCCGGGGUCCCCGAGUGCUUCAUAUGGCAUUGCUCCGAGUCUGUCAUGUGGGCCAACUCUGCUAACCGGCCGAGCGGUAGGAGGGACGCGCUUCGUCUCCGUAUUGGCCGGGUGAACUAAGCGUGAAAAAGAAGUUCGAUUUGCUACGCCAUCGACUGAGAGGGCUGUUUAACGCCCCUCCCCCCCGUCCCCCCCCCGCUGCCGACUCCUCACGAUGACUCGAGAACUAAUUUUGUAACAGCCUUGGACUUUUGUAGCCUCUACAUCAAUUGCACCGUAUCUGUAAAAAUGGUCUGGUUUUGUCGACAUUUUUUUUUUAGGUCGUGACGGAUUGUCACGUCAAUGCACAUUUUCGGUCGAGAAGUGGCUUAACUUAUCAUGUUCUCUGUCUAAGACUUUUUACGGCUUCGGAAGUGUAUAUAGCUCUACAAAAUGGCCACCUCAGUUUUGACAGUAAAUUGUAACCGGGUAUAUCGGAAUGUUUUGAGAUGUGUAGAUAAAGUCCACUUUUCUUUGGAAUUAAAGAUGGAAUUUAUAUUAAACGGCUUAAAUGUUUAAAACAUUCACUCUGCAAAAUUUUAACAAAAUAUCUCAGAAUUGGACCAUCAAAUAGAAUACUUGUAUCAAUAUUGUGGCACAAUGAUGACGUACCUUUUAAAUACUACUUUUGAGAAUUAUAAGCAUCGUACAGAAAAAGAAAAAAACGAAUGGCACAAUUGUAUUGCCGAGCUUAGUCUACAACUGUAAGACACCUUUUUUGUUGAAAUAACAAAGUUAAAAAUUUGUCUUUUUACAUGUCCUUGACCUAACCUUUACCGUAAACUGCCAAACUGCAGUGAGAAAAGUCAGUAUGAGUUCAGCCAUGGAUGUUCAGCUCUUCUGCCAAAGUCCCAAUAAACAACAGAAGAGCUCUGAAACAUUUGUUAGUAUACAAGCCGAAAUUUGGUUUGAUAUCUUCGCUACUGCGUUCACUAGAGCUCCCGAACGCAAACAUGCUAGAUUUCGACCCUUGACUUGGCUUUGCCCUGGCACCUGGGCUCAGAAUCACAAUUUUCCGGAUUGCUUAGGGCGUUUCUCGGUGACAAUUUUCCAGCGCAUAUUGCUUUGCUUCUCAGUUUCGGAGACAAUCGGGGGGGGGGGGGGGGUACGGCCCCCUCAGUCGAUGAAGGGUUUACGGCUGAAGGCUCAGCCAAGCUUAGUGACACAGUAUUCAGUGACUCAGUACACAACUCGGUACACAACAGCGUAAAGUGUGCGUGUUAUCCUAUUAAAUUUGUUAUUAAAAUUAUCUUCCCCAGCAGCGGCACCGUGCUGACAGCGGCUAUUGCAGGUUCUCGGAUGGAUUGAUUCCGGGCCAGACGGAGUGAUGUGCCAUCACACAGUGGGUCCCAGCACAAUGUCGGGAGGGUGAUAUCGCUUUUUUGGUUUCACCAAAGACUGACGGGGUUGGCGUCCAUCGAACAUCUGCGUCGGUCAAUUACUGUUCCACUGAUCCCAUCGAGUAUCCCACCGGCUGAUCCCUUCUUCGCCCCGCGUCGUACAGGGUCUACAAGUGGCUGCCAAAGCUGUAUGCUAUAGUCUGCCAAACGUAAGCAGGGGUUUAAAGCGAAGCAGCUGUUAGUGCACGUGCCUGCCCUGUAGAUAUUACAUUAUUAAAUCCCAUGCGCCUGAGACAAUUUCUCGCAAGGCAGGCUGCUAUCAGCAGUAAUGAAACAAGUGCAAAAUUAUGUUGUAGGGCGAUGUGACUCCUUCGUUUUUCAUGUUAACCAGACUAUAGGAACCGUGCGGCCCCAACACCUCGUCGUCCUCCUCUCGGCAAUCAUGCUCGGGCACUCUGAAGUAUUUGCGUUUUGUGCGUGCGUUUUGCUAGCUUGGAUUGUGAUGCCCAGUACCUUGGCGUUAGUAUUAUGCGCUUGAAUUGAAUUCGGUGCAAUGUGAGCUCAGCGGUUUAGUCAGGUUAUCGGGUGUAGUCGUUAGUGUUAGUCUAGUCCGUAGGGCGGCGCAGGGCGCGGGUUGUGCGCGGCGGUGGUCGAGCUGUCUACUGUUUCACAAUGCGCAGCCCACACAGGGUAUGUAGUCGAGCGUUUUGGUAGAUCCCGACUGGCAGGAUCUGCAUCAGGUGCUGGUAUGUGUGGGAUGACAGUUUGUACCGAGAUUUUGACACUUUUCUGUGCGGUGUGCUCAAAUCUGAGGACUGUGACUGGCCCGGCUGGCUGCCCGGUCGGGCGGAUCGGACCCUGUGCUGGCUUCACUCGGAGUGCCUUGGUACGACAAAUGGUGAUCGGUAGUGAUACUGAGCAGGGGAUGAGUCGUGACGUCAUUGUGACUGAUUGGCCAUGGGAAUGCCUCUCGGCGUGGUGUGCAUGGUUUGUACAGAAUCAACUUUUUCGCUGACAUUUUCGAUGUAUAAUUAAAUACCCUAUCAAAACAUAAACUGUGAUUUUGACCUGUCCAUGUUUCAAUAAACGUGAAGUCUAA